CUUAAUUACACAUGUCAGGUCGUAAAUAGGAAAAUAUUAACAACUAUAAUUUUCAAAUCAAUAUUUUCAUGCAGUCAUACCUAUUUCAUUGUGUUCAGAGAUUUUUCGCCGAAGAGAACAAAUUUCAUUGGCAAGAUAAAACUAAAAGUAUUGUUUUGGAAUACAAACAAAUUCCUGAAUAUUGAAUACUCCAAGUUUGAGAAUUGCUCCUAAAAAUUAACAUAUUGAAGAGUGAAAUUGAAUAUUGAAAAAUUUUCAUGCAGUAUGCUUUGUGAAAUACCAAAACGAUUUGAACAUAUUUUGUUGAAGGGUUAUAAGGAGUUUGACCGAGAGUGUGACAGUAACAAGAAAGAUGUAACAGAAAUGGAAGAACGGAGCAUGGCUGCAAGGUUAAUCUGUAGCCUUCACGUUAGAUACUUUUUCUUAUCAGAAUACAAAGAUUUUGAUGAAUUUGACAUGUUCAAAGUCAUUCGUCGUUCCUCAAUAUGUUUAUCUAUUGGUUUUAUUUGGACGAUCAUUACCUUUUAUGGAUAUAUCGGUUUCCUCAAUGUAGCACAGAAAGAUGAUGAAUUGAAAUCACUGGUCUUGAUGACUUUCUUCAAUCUGACAGGACUACCUUGUCCUUUAGUUCUAACGAUAAUUUAUGCGAUUAUAUCUCGAAAUUUGUUCGAACUGACAAAUAAGUAUAUGAAUAUUUGCAAAGGAAUAUCUGUAGAUAUCAAGAAAUUAUAUAGAAAACUUACUCUACGGAAAAGGUUUGCAGAAAUUUUACUACGUGUUUCUAUAUGUAUUAGUUUUCUUCAUCAUUAUGUAAAUCGUACCAACUGUUUCGAGGAUAUAGACCGACGUAUAGUAUGUGGAUUAUUAACUCCAUUAUGGUAUCCCAUCGAAACAAACUACUUUCCAGUCAGAGAGCUAAUUAUCCUGUAUUCAACAGUAUUUACGGGCUAUUUCAUUAUAAUUGUGGUCACUGCUCCAAUUGAUACCUAUUUUUUUGCUGAACUCUACGAGUACAAGGUACAGCAGCUUAUGAAACUAAUGCGCCAGACUUCGUUAAAAAGGGAACAAAACAUCAAUAAUAAGAGAAGACAGUUGAGGAAAAUAAUCAUUCACCAUCAGGAAAUAAUUGAGUGUAAUAUCCUGAUGAAGAAUAUAAUAAGUACUAUAUCAAAUGAAAUUAUAUUUGGCUACCUCCCUUACAUGGCAUCUUGUGUGACAUUAUGUAUUGAGGAUUUCAAUUCUGCAUACUUAUUUGAAUUCAUCCUCCCCAUAUUAGGUAUAUAUGUAUGGAUCAGUGGAGCUCAGAAAAUUAGCGAUAUGGAUGACAUACUUGCCGAAGAAGCAUAUAACAUGGAUUGGUAUGAAAUGGAUAAGAGAUUGAGUAAAGACUUUAUAUUUUUUUUCAUGAGACUUCAGAACAACAAGGAAUUCAAAUCGCUAUUUUUUGUUUUGAAGAGGCCUUUAUUGCUUUCGAUGAUGAAAACAAUGUAUUCUCUCCUGAUGCUGAUUCUCCAAGUAUAAUAAAUAAUUCAGAGGUUUGAAAAAAAA